UUGUUUUUUGUUGUUUUAUUUUUUUUUUACCCCUCAAGAGUCCAGUUUAUUCCUCUUUUAAUGCCAGCUUGAUUUCCUUUUAUUAGAAGGUUUAAAAUUUAUCUGUGUGUGGUCUUGCUUCAGACAUCCCCAAUGCCUGACUGCAGCUAAUGGUCACCAGGGAGUGCAGAGGGAGGGCUCCAAGGAGGCAGUUCAUGCUCUCAUCCUCUGGCCAGAUGUGCUGGAUGGAAGGGAUAGGCUGGAAUGAUGGGAGAAGGAGGCAGGAGCGGGCAGUGAGAGAGUUUCCCCCUACCUGGGUAUCAGAGGUGACAGCUCAGUGGACACACAUUCCAUAAAUAACCCCCUAAGCUCCCUCCUACCCCUGAAUCUGAGGCCAGGCCUGUUGUCCCAUCUUUCCUGGAAGAGUUUUUUCCCUGGAAGAGCUAUCCCUGUGUGAUAGUGGUGAUGGGGAGUGGUGCUCGUGCUGCUGACACACAGAACACUUGUGGUUUGCCUUGGCUCAAACAAGCCAUCCAAGCUGAAACUCAGUUUUUUCCCCCAAAAAGCAGAAUUCUCCCCUUAAUGACUUUUUUGAACUCUUUUUCCAAACUCAGAAGGACCCAGAUUUUCUUCUUAUUUAAGUUUAACCUGGAAAAACAAGUGAUUGAAUGAAGUGACUUGGCUUUACCUGUUCUUCAUCAGUGACCAGCCUGUGGAAUUGUGCUGCUAAUGGAAUAUUUCCUGAUUGAUUUCUUUUUAUUUUAAUCUUUACUGGUGCCAAACUGAGCCUUUUUUCAUUAAUGACACCGAGGUUGAAGUACUGCAUGAUUAGCUCAGAAAGAAAUUGGGUAAUUCUUUGCAUCUGGCUUUUUUUAAACAAACACUGUUUCGUUGUGGUUCCUUUUUCACUUGCUCUGUGCAUGUUUUCACUUGUUCUCAAGUCUUUAUUCCCAAGUUUUCAGUUGAGGGUAAGUAGAGAUGAGUUUUUCCCUCACUCCCUCUCUAGACUCAGCUUCCCAAAGUGGCUUUUCUCUGGCAAUUUGUAAUGUUUGAUCCAAGUUCUGACUUAGGAAAGAAAAAAAAGGGGAAGGGAGGGAGGGUCUAACAGAGAGGAAAGAACAAAUAUUCCUGCUGUAGCUUUGGGAGAGGGAUUUUCGUUAGGCACCACUGACACUGUCAUGCUGUGGGUGCCAUAAUUAAACUUAAUUAGGCUUACAAACUCCAGACCUUAACGAACUUUCUCUCCAUUGUGGCUUCUCUUUUGAGUCUCAGUGCUGUGCCCACAUUAACACUGGUUUUUCUCUGCCCCCUCUGACUUCUCCAGCCCUAAAUUGCAUGACUUCCUGAGUGGUUUUGCUGCUGUUUCUGUUUCUUUUCCUGCCUGUCCGUGGUGGGAGGGAGGAGAGGGUGGCCUGGGAUGAGGACACCUCACCCUGGGCUGGCUGGGCCCCAAACUGCUGCUGUAUCCCUCCAGUGGGUUUAGCUCUGGUAGCUGGGUUCUCUUCCUGACUCAAUCCCAAAUAAUAGGGCUCUGGUUAUUUUGCAGAGUGUCCCUGAAGAAUGGACAGAAUUCCAUGGCUAACCACAAGCUACAGUUCACAGUGGACAAACGUUGUAGUUUUCUUAUUUAUUUUUAUCAAUUUUAUUCAUUUUUUUCCCUCUUUUUUAUAUAUAUUUCAUAGUUCCAGUCUCUGUUGUACCAAUGCUGUGUAAUGUGUAGUUUGUAAAGAUAUGAAUAUUGCAGUGUUUUCUUCACUAAUUUCUGAAAUAUCAAUCUCUCAAAAUUUACAGCUGCCCACAGUCCAAACAGGGGGUAACGACCCAAGAAUUAAAGAAUUCAGUUAACAGGCGACGGACGCACGGGUGGUCAAGGACAUGGCAACGGGGAAGUCCAAGGGAUAUGGCUUCGUGUCCUUCUUCAAUAAAUGGGACGCAGAGAACGCGAUCCAGCAGAUGGGGGGGCAGUGGCUCGGGGGACGGCAAAUCCGCACCAACUGGGCCACGAGGAAACCUCCGGCUCCAAAGAGCACCUAUGAGUCAAACACCAAACAACUGUCGUACGACGACGUGGUCACCCAGUCCAGCCCCAGCAACUGCACCGUGUACUGUGGGGGGGUUACCUCGGGCCUCACAGAGCAGCUGAUGCGCCAGACCUUCUCCCCCUUUGGGCAGAUCCUGGAGAUCCGAGUGUUCCCGGAUAAAGGAUACUCCUUCGUGCGGUUCAAUUCCCACGAGAGUGCAGCGCACGCCAUCGUGUCCGUCAACGGCACCACCAUCGAGGGCCACGUCGUGAAGUGCUACUGGGGCAAGGAGACCCCUGACAUGGUCAGCCCCGUGCAGCAGAACCAGCUGAGCUACCCCCCUCCCUACGGGCAGUGGGGGCAGUGGUACGGCGGGGCCCAGCUCGGGCAAUACGUGCCCAACGGGUGGCAGGUGCCCACCUAUGGCGUGUACGGCCAGGCCUGGAACCAGCAGGGAUUCAGCCAGACCCAGUCGGCAGCAGCCUGGAUGGGCCCCAACUAUGGAGUGCAACCCCCCCAGGGCCAGAACGGCGCCGUGGUGCCCCCCCAGCCCGGCUUCCGCGUGGGCUUCGAGACCCCCUGAGCGCAGGGACCCCCCAGCACCCCCCACCCGGGUAUUUAUUACCAGAGCCACAAUCCGAGGGGUUGGAAUCAUGGAAAAAUCGCCCCCACCCUUUCAAUUUUAACAAAAUCCCCCCUUCCCCCCCCACACCCAGAUGCUGGAUCGCCGCCUUCUGCCUUGGUUGUUUUUUCCUCCUUUUGAUGUGUUUCUUAAAUUCAGUGUUUUUUAGAAACACAAAUGCAGGGACUUCGCUGCCUUAGCUCAGAAUUGGGGCAGGAAUUGCACAAGUCAUCCUUGUUUUUGUAUUUUUGGGGAGGUUUUCCCUCGGAGCCGAUGGAAAAAUACACCAUAAACAGCUGUAAAACUCCCCAAAAUAAGCCAAAAGUGUGGGAAUCCUGGAGCUGCCAUAUCUUCAGCCUCACACCCUGUUUUUAAGCAGCCUCUUGGAAAAACCCUCUGGCUUUCCUUCCACCAGGAGGGGGUUUUUUUUGAGGAUAAAUUACUCGUUUACAUCAUUUUUUGUGGAUCUCAGUGUGUUUUUCAGGGUCGGUUUUGCCUUACGAUGGGGGGAAAAAAAGGGGUGUGACAACACCCAUCUCCCCACGUGAGCCAAGAUUCCCACCCUGGGACAGCAAAAUUCCUGUUGCUAAAACGUGACAAAUCCCUCCAGGGUUGUUACUUUGAUUUUAUUUUUUUUUUACUGAUUUCUACAUUUUCCUGUAAAAUAUUUGAGCAAAUUGAAGAAUUUUGCACAACUUUUGGCCACUUUUGUACUUUUCCUUAUUUAAAGGUAGGACACGGAGUCUUUUUGAUGUGAUCUUAUGCCUCAAAUCUUCUUUUUUUCCCUUAUUUUUUUGUGGAUAUCAAAUAUCUCUUGGAAUAUAAAGUUUUUAAUGAAUUGUGUAAAAUUCCCUCGAUAUCCCAGGUGUGUUUUACAAGGGAGUGAAGGUGAGAAGAGCUCCCAAACCUGAUCUAUCAGAGGCCAAAAACACCCUUUUUUUAAUCCUACCUCUUGCCCAACCUUU